AUGUUUUCACCACUCAGUGGCAAAGCCCGUCUUUGGCCCAGAGAGACUCAUGGGUUCGAUUACCAGUAUCCAGUAAAAAGGGUUGAAGAAGACCUCUGUAGGGAGGAGAUUGAGGAAGCGGAUGAAGAAGACCUCUGCAUGGAGCAGGGUUGCUGCCAGUUUGAGCAGACAAUAUUGGGCUACACUGCACAGUUCACCAGGGCCCCCCCGGAAGGAGAGGAAACGCCGCUCCCCCCAAGAAAUGCCAGGCAUCGUACGCAACCCCCUCCUCUCCACCCGCGAAUUAAGCGAUUCCCUUCCUCCCAAGGCGUCUUUUGGGGGCAGAGGAGGAAACCCACCGAGCAGCCCCACGCGAGCAACGCAGGACUGGAGUCGAACUGCGCUGGCUACACGUGGCGAAGCAGACGAAGACCCACCCUUCGCUGGGAUCGGAUCGGGGAGAGGGAGAGACCGCGGCUGGGGGAGGAGACCAGCUCGGUUUGCUCGAACUGGAUCAGGAGGUUCCCCGCGGCUGCCAGCAACUCCCCCCCCCCCUUUAGUCCUGCAUCUGGUCGCCGAGAGGAGAGGAGACGGGCUGGGGUCAAGAGCAUCUGCUCCGGAACGGCGGCGCCCCCCGCCCCGGUCUCCCUGCCUGCAGGACUAGAGUCACCCGGGGUGAAAGGACUCGCCGGAGGCUGCGAGGAAGCGAGACCUCGAAGGGGCGGGCGAGGAAGCGGCGCUGUCCCUCCCCGGCGCUCCGGCUCGCCCUCGCCACUUUCUUGGCCCCUUCAGACGCCGCCGCGGAAUCCGCAGUCGCUUCGGGUCUCCGUUAGACGCCGAGGCUGGUUGCUUGGCGGCGGUAUUGGACGGCGCGAUCCGCUGGCAAAGCUCCGCCGCCGCCGCCCGCUGAGCUUUGCAAACCCCGAAGCUGCUCGGCUGGAGCUCCAGGGCGAGCCGGGGGGACUCCCUGCAUCUCCUCUCCCCAGACCGACUUCUCUCCGUUCUUCCCGCGAGCCUCUCAUUGGCUCACCCUCCUUCUCGUUCCCGUUCUGCAAGUCAGUUCCUCGACCCCAUUUAAAAGCCUGUUUUGGCUGAUGCUCCCCUCCUUCCCUCUG